AUGGCCCAGAGAGCUUUUUCUUUCUUUGUUUUUAUUCAACAAGAGAGAACACACAUUAAUGCAGAGCAAAGGGAGACCUUGAUAUCUUUUUUUAAGGAGGGAAUGAAGCAUGUCGGCUCACCCUUAAUAGCAAGAGCUGCAUCAGCUACGUGUUUGGACACCAGUGUCAUAGAAAACUGGAUCGGUAAUUACAAAAGAUCUGUAAUUACAAAAGCUUCCUCUGAGCCCCGGCCAUCAAAGGCCAAAGUUCAUAUCAGAGAGCUGUCACCUUAUAAUCUUUUUUGUAGAGACGUAUUGAGAAACAAAGGCACAAUGAAUGAUAUCAAGGGCAGGUGGGCCACAUUGGGGGAAGAUGAAAAGCAGAAAUACAUUGAAGAGGCAGCAGGACUGAGGGCACAUGGGCAGGCCCUUAGCCCUGAAAUGAGGGAUGCCCGAAUUAAAAUGCACCUUAAGAAGCUAAAGUUAGAGGUGUCCAAGCUUGAGGAUUUGGAUGUGGAAACAGCCAUUUUGUCAUUUGACCGCCAAAAAUCCAGCUUAGAGGUGUAUGAACUGAGCAGCAAAGGAGCCACUGAUUUCCUUGACUCAACGGACACAGUGAACAACUUUGCACUGCAUUUCAAAGCCAGCUCCUCAGCCACAACACCCAGUACCAAAGAUCAAGUCAGUGUGCUGGUAGGAAAAGUGCAAGAUCUGUUCAACCAAAAAUAUAAGGAGGCUGGAGGUACUGGAAGGCUCCCCUACCAGUCCCUGGUGAAUCAGAGCAUGACCAUAAAAGUUGCUGGACUGCCCAACAGCCUUACCCUCAAGAAGCCUUCCUUUUAUGGAAGAAACCAAUUGGAAGCCAUUUUGAAAGCUCCUGAGGGGAUUUCAUUUGAAAUAAAUGCAGCACAAUGCAACCCCACUGACAUGGCAGAGGGAAUGUCAGAGCACAUGGAUGCAGAAGACACAGCAGAUGGCAUCCAAGCGAAAUCGGUGGAAGAAAUAUUAGAGGCCAUGUGUGAAAAUGGUGCACAGCAGAUGGAAGAAGAAUCCUCAGAAACAGCCACUACUGUAGCCAUCGUGAUGACUGCAGAUAAAGAUGGAGGCAAUUUGUGCUGUGUCUGCAGUGUCCAUUUCGAUGACAAGAAGAAGAACGCUUCAAAGAAGUGGCGUUCAUGGUCACAGUGCACAGUGUGCCAAUCAUGGUCACACACUGCAUGUGGUUUUAAAAAGAACAUGUGCCUUCACUGCCAGUGUGAAAACACUAUGCGAACACCCUGAACCACUGCAUCAGUGUUAGAAAACAUGCUAUUUACUGCAUUCCAGGAUGUUUAACUUGUUUGAGUUGUCAAGAUGUUUAACUUUUUUGAGGUGUUUUUAUUGUGUUGACAACCCCCACC